GGGACAUUGCUAAGCUUCGGUCAAAAUGGCACGUGUUUGUCUCGAGCUUGGUCACUAGCCCACGGAUCAAAACGGACCCUACUUCCUGUCACAAAAGGAUUCUUAUCUUAUUCUUAUCUUAUCUUAUUUGAAGGUUUCCGCUGGAGGAGCCGGUGUGCUGAACGGGACGUGGAGCGGGGCAUGGGCGUCACGAGCGACCGGUCCGGGGAGGUGUGCACCGACAGUGAACAUCUGUGAGCUACAAGUACCUCAGGACAAAUGUCAGCGUGAAGUCUUUCUCGUGAAACAUCUUUUGCUGCAGAGUUACUGUCAAACCUGACCCCAGACUCCUGAUCUGCAGGGGGCGCCGCUGGACCCGGGUCGCCUCAGGACAGCCACAAAGCAGUAGAAACGUUACUGUGAUCUACAGAAAAGCAGCCAUAGAGUGCAUCAGGCUGAAGCCAGUAUGAGCACAGACAGUCACCAGAAGGUGGUCACGACCCCUCCACCCGCCUCGGGCUCCAAGGAGCGCUACUUUGACCGUAUUGAUGUGAAUGAUCCUGAGUACAUCAGAUCCAGGAACAUGUCUCCCGACCUGCGGCAAGACUUCAACAUCCUGGAGCAGAAGAAACGUGUGACACAGAUACUGCAAAGCCCUGCGUUCAAAGAGGAGCUGGAGAGCCUCAUCACAGAACAGCAGAGGAAAGGCAGCGUCCCGUCUGGGCUGCUGGCUCUCAGACAGAUCGCAGACUUCUUCAUGACCAGCUCAGUGGCCGGGUUCAACACUUCCCCUCUCAGUCUGGGAAUGGUGACGCCCAUCAAUGACUUGUACGGAGCGGACUUGUCUUCGAUGGUGAAGGGGGAGAAGCAGGUGCGCUGUAAACUGGCCAGUGUUUACAGACUGGUGGACCUGUUCAGCUGGGCACAUCUUGCCAACUCCUACAUCACAGCUCGCGUCAGCAAAGAGCAGGACCACAUCCUCAUCAUACCAAGAGGGAUUUCCUAUGCUGAAGCUUCUGCGUCAAAUCUGGUCAAGGUGAACAUCAUUGGCAAUGUAAUCGAUCAGGGUUCCACCAAUUUAAGGAUUGACCGGUCCGGAUUGAGCCCACAUGCUGCCAUUUAUUCUAUGAGACCAGACAUCCGCUGCGUUGUGCAUGUGCACAGUCCUGCCACAGCCGCUGUGUCGUCCAUGAAGUGUGGGCUUCUGCCAAUUUCCCAGGAGGCCUUGCUCCUGGGGGACAUUGCGUACUACAACUACCAGGGCAGCAUUGACGAGCAUGAGGAGCGCAUAGAGCUUCAGAAGGCCCUGGGGCCAACAACAAAGGUGCUGGUUCUGAGAAAUCAUGGUGUCCUUACUCUGGGAGAGACUGUGGAAGAGGCCUUUUGCCACAUGUACAACGCUCAGUACGCCUGUGAAAUACAGGUCAAGGCGAUUUCUUGCGCUGGAAGUGUUGACAACUUAAUAGUGCUGGACCAGGAAACGUACAAACCUCGAGUUCAUGAUGUGGGGACAGCUGCUGAUGUCAACCAUGGUGCCACCUACAAGUGGAAGUGUGGAGAGCUGGAGUUUGAGUCCCUCAUGAGGAUGCUUGACAACAUGGGUUACAGGACGGGGUAUGCCUAUCGCCAGCCCAUUCUACGGGACAAACCACGGCACAAGAGUGAGGUGGAGAUCCCAGCCACAGUCACAUCCUUUGUGUUCGAGGAGGACGGGGACAUGGCCACCAGACUCCCCUUUAAGUUCCUGCAGCAGAGGCAGCAGCGAGAGAAGACACGCUGGCUCAACUCACCCAACAGUUACACAAAGGUUAAUGUGGAAAACAAUGAAGACCGCUACAACAGCCGGACAUGCACGUGGAUGAAGGCAGAUGAGAUGGGCACACCAAUCAGAAUUGAAGAUCCCAAUCAGUUUGUCCCACUCAACACAGAUCCCAGUGAAGUGCUUGAAAAGAGGAACAAAAUAAGAGACCAAAACAGAUACGACAUGAAGACAUCUGGGCCCGUCUCUCAGCACCUCGCAGGAAUCCCAGUGGAUCCCCCGCGCAAGCCGUACGUACCCACAGAGGAGGACCAGAUGGCGCCCCUGCCUCCCAACCCUUUCAGUGAACUGUCACAGAAAGAACUCGAAGAGUACCGCAAGAAUGUGGAAAGGAGACAACUGGGCCUUAGCGAUGGCGAGCACGAGCUAACCUCUGACGAUGGCUCUACUCUGUCUCAGUCUCUGUCUGUAACCCAGUCUGCACAAAGCACUCCGGCCAAAGAAGACAACCACACAGGCCUCGUGAACGGCAAAGACCACCACAGCCUGGACGAGGAGCUGUCGAAGCGUGUGAGUCAACUAACCACCAGCGUGGAGAGCGUCGAGAUCCUGGUGCGUCCCGGAGACAAGAUCGAAGAGGUGCUGUCUCAGGAGAGCUCGCCCUCCAAGUCUCCCAACACCAAGAAGAAGAAGAAGUUUCGCACCCCGUCCUUCCUCAAGAAAAACAAGAAGAAAGAAAAGAUGGAGGCGUGAGAGCAGAUCCCGAGCAAGAGUCGCCUUUUCUGUUCAUGUCUGUGUCAUUUUGUCUCCGCUUUUAUCGUUUUGUUUUUAAUGUUAUUUGACUUUUUUUAACAAAGAUUUUAUGUGCAAAAAAAGAAAGGAUUACAUACAAAUAUUUUUAUGUUACGACUUGACCUAAAGACUUUGGGAAACGAUCAGGUGGGGUCAGAGAAGACGUUGUGCAACUCGGUGGGUGUUGGAUGUCACACACCUGAUUACUUAUGCAGUACUUCAAUAGGGCUCAUUGGAUAAAGCCAAAAAGUGUCACUUGAGGCCAUUUAAAUCCUGAAUAACAUGUUCUCUACAGGCUGAAACCCCAUCUCGAAAACACUUUGGAAAAUGACUGCCAAACUGUAACUAAAUCCCCCUUAUUUUUGUAUUAUUUUGUUGAAAAUGAAAUCUGCAUUGAAAUAGUCACACUGGAAACUGCUUUAACAAAACUAUAGCCACAGGGUCAGAGAUCUGAAGCUUUUAUGAGCAUUUACAAACAUCUCUAUCGUUUAUGUAGCAUCUCGUUCGUCUCAUGUCUUCAUCUCAGUGUUUUGUUCUUGCCAAACAAACUGGAAGAAAGAACAAAACAAUCUCGUUGUGCUGUCUCUGCCUUUUGUUUGAAAAUGAAUUUAAUUUCUAUUGAUUGAAAAUUCUGUAUUAGUCUUCAUGUUUUGUAUAUUACAUUUGUUAAGCAUCUCUGUUUCCAAGAAAGGAGUGGCUAACUAUUUUUGCUAGCAUGUACACAGAGCUACUACAUAACACAGAAUUAUAAAAACUGGAUAUUUUAACUAUAUUAUAUUUUUUAUCGUGCUGCACUUUUCUUGUGGUAGAAGACAGUAACAUUUUAGCUACAGGUAUUUUCAUCAGUGAAGGAGAUGUGAAGUGAUUGGUUGUGCAAGCACGUAAGAUGCAGUAGUGGGCAACUCACCAGGGGGCAGGAAGUUAGAUUUAGAAAUAUAUCGUUUCCAUGGUGUCGCAUAGAAGAAAUAAUUCCUUUUCUCAAUAAAUAAAUCCAGUCCAGAAUCACAUGUUAAAAUGGGUCGAUAACGUUGAAGUCUUUAGUUUGUUGUGAGUGUAUUUUAAAGCCAUAUUGUAGUUUUACUGCUUUAUUUUGUUCAUGUGACAAAGGUUAAGUUUCUUCCUGCUUUGGCCAUCAAAUACUACCCCAGUGACUGCAUAGACACAUCUCAGGCUUCCAACACAUAUACAAAUGAUGUUAUAUUUUAAAUUGCCUUGUAUUUUUGAUAACAGAUACUGAUUAGGCGUAAGAUAAUGACCACUAAUGGGUGAGGUUAAUGGUAGAUCAGGCUAUACGUGUGUUUGUAAGUAGGACUAUUGAACUGGGUAGAAGUAUUUGCAAAACUGUGGCUCAUGUGGAGUGGACUUUGCCUGCAGUGGUCACUAUUAUUGCUGAAAUACAUAUUAGAACAAAUCAAAUUGCAGUGUAUGUAUUAACAUGAGAAAAGAAAUAUGGACUGCUAAACUAAUAUAAGAAACACAUGAGUUUGUAGAGGUCUAAAUUAAAGGUACAACAAGAUCAAUCAAAACACAGGAUAUUGGUGAUUUGUUAAUGGGCUCUGUGCACAGCAGGAUGCUAGCUAGCUCACUGUGUCUCAAAGCUAACAGGCGCUUUUAUUAAAAUCGGAAAACAUGAAUUAAUUUGAAUUUUAAUAGGUCGCUUAUUCUGAGUGAAGACUUCCUAAUUAUUUUGUAUGUUAGAAUACUUGAGUUUGUGGUUAUUUUAAUAGGCCGAUUUAUUAUGCCUCAAAAUUAGCAUUAGUAUUAGCACUGAGACACAAAUAUCUCUUUCUUAACGGGUGAAGUAUUCAUUUUAUAUGUGUAGUUUUUAACAUGUCAGUCACAUCCACCCACAGCUCCCUGUCCACUGCCUCAUCUUUAAAUAUUUAGUCAUUUUUGCGUGACUCCGCAAAAACCUCAGAGAUAAAACUGGACAGGAAGUAGUUGCUGUUGUGCACAGAGCCAAUUGCGCCAACUGAAAUAGAGAUUUUGUGGUUUGCUGUAACUUAAAUUGCUGAAGAAGAGCUGGUUCUGAAAGGUGUCAGGAAAGUCAGUGCAAUUGUUACUAAUUGUGUAUAGGGCGACUUACUUAGUGAGGUAGUGAUGACAAAACUAAAACUACCCACAUCAGGCACAUGUCCACAAUAUUCUGUGUAUGUAAGCUACAGUGCAGUGAUCAGUAGGUCUGCUCUCAGCCCCCCUCUGGGCAGUUAAUACACGAUCAUUCUGUAACAGUCCAAUGACCCACAGUUGAACUCUGUAAACCAAAGUGUGAUGGGUUGCCACAUCUCCCCCUUAGCAACCCCUGCAGCGUAACCAGAUGUACCAAUAUCCCAGAAAGCAAUGUGAACUAUUGGAUUUGGAGGAAGCAAGGGAGGGGCAGUUGGUCCGUGUACUAAAACAAGGGUAAAUGAGUUUAAGUGUACGAAUGGACUGACACUAGCAGCACACCAUGUUUAUUCUGUUUUCUUUCAACGUUUCUGUCAUCGUCAUCCAUUUGUUUCAUUUUUCUUAGCUCGCAGAAAGCAGGCUGUUUUAUUAAAUAUUUGAUUUGAGCUGAAAAUGCUCCAAGAUGAAUUGAAUGUGCAUACUCCAUUUACAUUUUCUGUUCAGUUUCCUGCCGUUUGCACCAUGCUUUUACUAAUGCCUCCUUCUGUGUUUUUGCUUUGGCAUGCCAGAUUGAGCCAAGCUUCAUUGUGACCUGUGAAAAUCCUAUAUAAAUGGUUAAUCUAAUGGAGUUGCUUUAGUUGUAUUGCUAAUCAGUGUAAAUUCAUAAAUAAAUCAGUAUUUUAAA